CUUCUAUGAUCAUUCCGAGAAUCCGAGAAAGUGAGAAACAAAAACUCUUAAUAUGGGCGCUGUUUCUUCUCCAUGUUUUGUGAUCUUCCCCUUCAUGGCCCAUGGCCACACCAUCCCUCUCCUCUACCUCGUCCGCCUCCUCCGCCGCCGCGGCAUCUCCGUCGCCGUCUUCACCACCCCGGCCAACGCGCCGUCUAUCCGAUCAUUCCUCAAAGACGACGACAUCAAAUCGACGUCGAUUAUUGAGCUCCCCUUCCCUAACAAGCCCAUAGACGGCGUCCCUCCCGGAGUGGAGAACACCCACGACCUCCCAUCCAUCUCCUCCUUCUUCGAAUUCGUGAAUGUCACGACCCUCAUGCGGCCCGACUUCGAGAACGCUCUGGAAGGUUUGCACCCCGUGGGGUGCAUAAUUUCCGACGCUUUCCUCGGAUGGACCCAAGAAACCGCGGCGAAGCUCGGAGUUCCGAGGUACUUUUUCUUCGGGAUGAGCGGUUUCGCCACGACGGUGCACCGCGUUCUCGAACGUGAUAGGCCCCACGCGCAUACUUCGUCGCUGGACGAGCCGUUUGGAUUCCCCGACUUCCCCGGGCUGGAGCUAACGAGAAACCACUUCGAGCCGCCGUUCAAUGAGCUGCAGCCGUCAGGUCCCCAGGUUGAUUUCAUUCUUCAGCUAGGUGUCACGAUGGUUAAAAGCCAGGGUUUAAUCGUGAACAGUUUUUAUGAAUUGGAGACAAGAUAUUUAGAGUAUUGGAACAACAACAUAGGUCCUAAAGCUUGGUGUGUCGGACCACUUUGUCUAGCCGCCAAGCCGCCACCCACCUCGGAGAAUCAACCAUGGAUACAAUGGCUAGACCACAACUCACCAGUACUGUACGUCGCGUUUGGUACCCAGGCGGAGAUAUCAGCGGAGCAAUUGAAGGAAAUAGCGGAAGGGUUAGAGCGGUCGGGGGUGAAAUUCCUUUGGGUGAUUAGGCCAAAGAUGAUGAAACACUUGGAAGAAGGGUUUGAAGAGAGGGUCAAGGAUAGAGGGCUAAUGGUGAAAGUUUGGGCGAACCAAAAUGAGAUAUUGAUGCACAAAAGCGUUACAGGGUUUCUGAGUCACUGCGGGUGGAACUCGGUGAUGGAAAGCGUGUGCGCGAAAGUGCCGAUCUUGGCGCUCCCUUUCAUGGCGGAGCAGCACCUGAAUGCGAGGUUUGUGGCGGCGGAGGAGUGUGGGGUUGGGCUUAGGGUUAUGCCGAGGGGUGGGUCGGUUAGAGGGUUUGUGGAGGCCGAGGAGGUGGAGAAGAUGGUGAGGGAGCUUAUGGACGGGUCGAGAGGGGCCGAGGUGAGAAAGAGGGUGGAGGAGGUGGGAGAAGCCGCGGCGGAAGCUAUGAGACACGGUGGGUCGUCUUGGGUGGGGUUGGGUGGGCUUAUUGAGGAUGCCUCUGGAGGGAAAGAAGCUCUGCCCAUUGUUGCCAUUACACAAUGAAUGCCUAGCUACUAGCUAGUCUUAAGAUCAUCAAUCAUCAUCAAUAGUUUAUAAGUUCCAAUAAAAUAAAUGCAUGUGUUUUGUGUUUAAAAAAUCACUUGCAAAUAAACAAAUUGUUUGUUGACAAAA